AUGGUAGGAUUUCACUUACCGGGUGACCCCUAUUUCCCCAACCAAGGGAAUGAUGGUUGGAUUGUGGAAGACCCAGAGGAAGAUUCUGAAGAGGAACCCAUGGAGGAUGAGGAAACCAUGGAGGAUGAAGAACCCAUGGAAGAGGAAGAAUCAGUAGACGGUGAGGAAGAAGAAGAAGAAGAAGAAGAAGAAGAAGACUCAGAUGGAACCGAUUCGGAACCCGAAGUUUACAAUCCACACCCUACCCCUGUUCCUCCACAACACUAUCAGGGCCCGACGCCCCAAUGGGCUGAAAUUAUACAUCGAUGGAGCCGAGAGCAAGGCCAACGACCUCCCUAUGGCAUGCAAUGGGGUUUCUACGAUCUUAGCAGAGGAGGGUCAGCCGACCGAGCCCUCCCUGUCAUAGUUCACCGUGUCACACUCCACGAAGAGCAAACAAGAAUUAACACACGACAUCUCAUGGAAGUUGGUGCCACCAGCCAAGUCAACUCCGUUCGUAUUCGUCGGUUGGAUGAUGACCACGAUCGAACUCGAGACCGCACCGAGCUUCUUCGACGGGAGAUGGCCUCGACCCAAGCUGAAGUACAAGAACUCCGAGAACACCGAGAUGCUCUAGAAGGACGUCCGACAGACGCAAAACGCCAGGCGGAUGAAUCCAGAAAAACGCCACCUCGUAGAAAUCCUAGACGUGGCGGCGCCGCAAGAGCUCCACCACUGCCACCACCACCUCCACCACCCCCUCAGUUCGACCCGGUAAUGUUCUAG